AUGUCUUUAAAAUCGAUCAGCGCCUCAGCAGCAGUAGCAGUAGCAGCGUCGUCUUCGUUGUCGUCGUGCAGUGAGAUCAGCAUCGAGGAGCUUCACUGCCGAUCGUCGCCAGAUUUUGCGUCCGAGUUCACGCUUGCCAACGUCAAGCAGGAACCUCGCGCCGGAACGGUGUCCCCCAUUCUGACCCCGCCGCACACACCCACCGAGGACGCGGGUGUGCUCGGGUGUGUGCCGAUCAUCCGCACGACCCCCCCACCGGUCCACUCGUCCCGGCCGCUGCCGGUCCACCACUCCGCCGCCGCGUACCAUCCGUAUCAGUACGAGAUGGAGCGCUCGCGGACGAGCGUCACCAUGCAGCAGUCGCAGCCGCAGCAGCAUCAGCGUCAGCAGCAACAGUUUGUGCCCCACCAUCCCCACCACCACCAGCCACAGCAGCCCCAGCCGCAGCAGGUUCAGGACAUGGCGAGCGCUUUCGUGCCACAAUCGCAGACGGUCGUGACUUCGCCGUCGGGGCCGAAUCCCAUCGAGGCCGCAUUCCUCUACCAGCAGCAGCAACAGCAACAGCAACAGCAACAGCGCUUGUGGCAACAGCAUCUGCAGCAAACCGGUUACCAUCCGGCGGCCGCUGCCGCCGCCGCCGCAGCAGCCGCAGCCGCCGCCGCAGCUUCCGCCUCGGGACUGCCGGGGGCGUACGCUCAUCCGCACGCGGCCCUCAUGCAGCACUGGAUUCGCAAUGCCGCCCUCUACCAGCAGCGGCUCCACCCGCCGGCGCACCACCACGGGCACCACGGGCACCACCUCCAUCCGUACCCGAUGCUCGGCCGGCCGAUGGGAGCGGCCGGCAUGAAGCUGCCGGGACACCACGGCGGAGGUGGCAGUUCGGGCGGUGCGGGCAGCAGCAGGCCAAAGAAGCAGUUCAUCUGCAAGUACUGCAACCGUCAGUUCACCAAGUCCUACAACCUGCUGAUCCACGAGCGCACGCACACCGACGAGCGGCCGUACUCCUGCGACAUCUGCGGCAAGGCGUUCCGCCGGCAGGAUCACCUGCGCGAUCACCGGUACAUCCACUCGAAGGAGAAACCGUUCAAGUGUUCCGAUUGCGGCAAGGGCUUCUGCCAAUCGCGCACCCUGGCCGUCCACAAGGUGACGCAUCUGGAGGAAGCGCCCCACAAAUGCACCGUCUGCAAUCGGACGUUCAAUCAGCGCGCGAACCUGAAGACGCACAUGCAGAGCCACGCACUGCAGGAGGGAGCGGGGGCGAUGAACCCGGCCGUGCCCUCGGUCGGCUACGACGGGGGACCCCUGGUGUCGCUUGGUCCUGCCUUGGAUCUGUCGCAAAAGUCGUCCAGUUCGUCCACGGCCGAGGAGGAGAAGGACAUCAUCGUCGACGAAGACUUUGAUGACGAGGAGGAAGCGGAGGGGUAUGAGGAGGAGGAAGAGGAGGAACUGGAGCUGGAGGACGACGGGGAGGAUGCGCUCGACCUCGACGAGGGGAUGGACGUGCGCCAGAUGCUGCUACUCGAUGCCGCCGCCGCCAGUUUACAGCAUACGCCCAGGCGAUCCUUCGCCGCCACCACCACCACCACCGUGACAUCGGGAACAUCAACCGGGGCGACCGCGCCUGGCUCGUGCCCGGAAGUGGACAAGGUCGCCGCCCCGAAACGAGCGCUCGGCUUCUCGAUCGCUGAAAUCAUGCAGCGAUAAAGAGCGAGUGAAAGGGGAUAGAAGGAGGAGAAGAGAGGGAGAGCGAGGGGGGCCCACAGGGUGUUGAUGUUCCUUAUCGUCCAGUCCAGUCCAGUUCCAGGUUCCGGGUGGGUCCAAGGAAUCCAACGCGAAUUCUAAAUCCACAUUCCACUAAGAGCUGUCCAAAAGGACCUGUUGAGGGCCAUCCAGUAUAGAGAGAGAGAAAGAGAGAGGAAGGGCGAUAGGGUGUCGAAGCACACGGGGCCAUAAUCGAACCAAACAUGUAAUUUACCAUAAAACAAUCGGCGAACAAUGGAGGAAGGCAAGCAACCGAAGCUAAUUGAGCAGGGAAACCAAAGAGAGAGAGAGAGCGAAAGAGAGGAAGAGUGACCCCUGCGAACUGAGGGUGAGUAGGGUUAGGGGUGUAGGGGGCGGUUAGCGUGAGGUCUAACCGUUCUUCCAUUUCACCCUCCGCACCUUUGGCGACCCCCACCGCGCCUUGCGUCCCCAUUUUGCCGGCAAACUGGGACUGGCAAACCGGGGUGAGGGUGUUUUACCAAGACUGAUAUUUGUUUUUAUUUGAGUUACUAAUUAUCGCAAGGACCCAAUUAUCGCAAGCACUGGGUCCUCAUCACCAAAUCACCGUUACGGUUCAUAGCCAGUCAGACGCUCCCCAAUGCCAGCCCCCAGGACCGAACCAGACCAGACCAGAAGUAUUUUUUGCAGAUCUCAAACCGGCGAGGAACUCGAAGCAAUCACACUCUGUCCCGAUUGAUUGAUGUAGUUUGAACCACUUCGCUAGCACAGCUCCUACCAUCAUCGUCAGCAUCAGUUAGCCAACCCACUAAAGUAGUAUAGGCGUAGGAAAAUUGAUGUACAAAAGGUUAAAUGUUCUGUACAUUCACUAUUAGCUAUUGAUAGUAAGUCUAGAUUGUAAGGAACGGCAGCGUAACGAAGCGUAAAUUAUUGACGAGAC